AUGCAUCGGCAUCCUCCGCCUGCGGAGCUCAGGCCGAAAUUAGUGCAAUGUCCGGUCAUGGAUGAUGAUGGACGCCAAGAAGGCCGCGGUUCCGACCGCAUCUUCGUGGUGAACUUGGCCAAGACCUACGCGUGUCCCUUCGUGGACAACAGCAACUACCGGGAACAGGUUUGGUCUGGCCACGAGAUAUGGCCCUGGCUACAGAAAGGCGGCCUAGCUCAGAAGGCCACCCUGCGCCGCUGGAGGGGCGACUGUUCCAAGCCGGCUGGAAGUUUGAUUGGAUGUUCCUUUUGCAUCCUUUUGCUUUUCCUUCAACUGGUCAUUUGUUCCCUCUCUUGA